AUGCCGACGCCGCUGCCGACGCCGCCGGCGCCCGCCGAGCUCCCCGACAGCGACCAGCCGGGCCCCGACGCGGUCCAGGCCCCGCUCGCCGCGCUGCAUGCUCCGGUCGACCGCAGCAGGCCCCGGCCGGCCGGCUACCAGAACAGCUACCAGAACAGCUACCGACUGCGCUCGGACGAGCCGUUCGAGCCGGAGGUCGUGGACAGACUCGUGGAGAGGACUCUGAAGGACAGCAUGCAAGGCUUGAGUUACCGGAGCGAGGAGAGCCCGGGGCUGUGCACCAGCAUCGCGGCGCAGGUCCAGAAGAGAGUCCAGGAGCUCAAGUACGACAGGUGCAAAGUGGUCGUGAUCGUGAGCAUCGUGGAGAAGGCCAGCCAGUCGGUCCAAGCGUCCCUGGGAUUUUUGUGGGACAGCCAACGAGAUCGAUACUCCAGCUGCACCUUCGAGGCACCAACGUUCGUCGCUAAUUGCCUGGUCUUUGGGUUGUAUCACGAGUAA